GGAGUAUUCGCUACACGGGGAUGAUAAAUUUGGUAAAUGACUUUCUUACCAAUGCAGAUAAGAAGGAUAUUAUUAAGUGUGUUAAAGGCUUAGUACACUACCCCUUAAAACAUGACAAAUUAGGUUUCAGGGUUACUAAAGAAGAUGAAAAACUGCUCUAUGACAAAUACUUCCACCAAAUAAUGGGCCACACUUUCAAGAUUGUCAACGACUUACCAACUACUGAAAUGUUAUCAUUGUGUAGAUUUUUAACGGAAUUUUCGAAAGGCGAUAUUUGGCUUGAGUCUGCCUGCAACUUGUUGUCACGCAAUAUUGUAUUUACGGAAGCCCAUUUACUAGUAGUUGAACUAGAAAAGUUUUUCUCAGAGUUUAACAGAGUGCCAGAUUUUAUUUCUGCUUGCAUUGAUGGUAGUGAAGUUGCCUCAGAUAGCUCGCAAUUGUUUCUAGAGUCACGUGCCAGGUUAUUGGCUAACGUGCCUCACUAUGUUGCUAACGUUAAACGUGAGAAUCCCUCCUACUUCACUGAUGGGAGUCAUUUUGUCAAGAACAUUUUGUCGGCCUUUGGACGUGUUUCCGAUACAUCACAAAUCACAUAUCGGCUUUUAGGAUUAAUUGUUAGUCAUCUAUGUUUGGCCGGGUAUUCAAAAUAUGUCUCAGAUUUUAUUGUUGAGCAGGGACAACAUAAUUCCACGGACAUUUGGUCUAAAUUACUACUACAUACCAACACAAAAAGUAUGGAAAUGUGCUUGGCUUCACUCGUUAAAGAAUGUCCAACACCACAAAAAUAUUAUGCGUUGUUAUCAGGAUUUCUUGAAAUGUCCUCUCCUACUUUUGAUUCGUAUAUGAGGUUAUGUCGUCGUCUAUUCUACAUUCGCCAGUUUAAAUCUGGAAACACCGUCAGAAACAUUUUUUAUUCGUUUUUCAUGGCUGUGUCAAACUGUGAGACGCUUGAGAAAUCAACCUGUCUAGCUACCAGAGUUGAUGAAGAUUUGGGACUACCUGCACUUCGCGUAUGGUCAGACAUAAACUCCAUACAAACAGCUUCCCUAGAAAGACGUAUUUAUUUGUCGCAAAUAUUGAUUUCAUGGAUUAUUGAUUUUCGAGACCCGGUGCGUGUUAAUUUGUCCAUCAACUUAUCCAAUGAUCACUUAUUACCUGAUGUACUGAAUGGAAUCAGUAAUCACCUUGGAAGUCCGCGAAUCGAAAUUCGUACUCUCGGUAUGGUUAUAGGGGAGUGGAUUGUGAAAAUUUUCAAUUGGAGCCCUGGUGAUGAGAAUCAGAAGUUGAAAUUUGAUUAUGAAGAACUAAAUUUUCUUAGUCAUAUUCGACCAUAUUUUGUUCCUCUGGAUGAGGCUGUUGAUAUUGAGUCUGGUGAUCAUAAUUCAGUUCCAAUUCAAACACUUUCAGGUGUAGAGUCUUCCAAAAUCGCCUCUGGUUCACUUGAAUGCAACAUAAAGGGCGAAAACUGUGAAACUGCGAAACAAGCUAUACAUAAACUAGACAGUGAUGAUGAUCCAGAUAGUGAUAGUGACGCAUUAAGACCACUCCCCUCCAUUAGUUCUUCAAAUUGCAAUAAUAAAACACCAUUUUAUCUUCGUGAAUGUCUUGAUGGAAUGUUAUUAUCUAAGGUUGAAGAUAAUCCAGUGAAUAUUGCAUGUACAAUGUCUGCAGAAAAGUUGAUCUACGCUCAUCCGGAAGCGGCACAAGAGUUAGCACUAGAAUUCGCUCGUGUUCUUGUUCAUAUUGAACCACCUGUAACACCUGAUCCGGAACAGAUAGCUCGUGCCAGACAUGAUGCCCUAGUAGCUAUUGGUGUAGUUGCUCCCAAAAAAUGCGCACGUUAUUUGACUUCAGAAUUUUGUCAAUCAGGAUAUUCCAUUGGCCAAAGGAUGAAUAUUAUAUCAUCUCUCACUGAUAUUGCCUGUAAGUUGUAUGGGGGCAAAGAGGCACUACUCUCUCAAAAAUUCUCCUCAAAUCAGAUAACCAUUAAUGAUGCGGUCACUGUCAACAACGAUCAUAAAGAAAAAAGCCGUCGGUUUUGUAAAAAGCGCCCACCACCUUCCUAUAUUAUUAAUAAGUUUGCUCCUUUUGCUGGAGAGUUUUUUUUUCCCUUGCUAAAAAGCAUUCCACAGUUAUCUCUUUCUUCUGCUAAAGGACCAUUCGCUCAUCAAGAUGCUAGUUUAUUGGCUAGCUUAUUGGCGUCGUUGGGAACUAUUUAUGCUUGCUCCAGUCUCUCACCUGUCCAAACUCGAAUGGCUGACGAGUUGAUAAAUUUAAUUCCUUUAUUUCAUCGACAUCCGGAACCUGCAGUACGACGUGCUCUACACAUAGUCGUUGGAACAGUUAUCACUACUACUCCACUGGAAAUCUUAUCUUAUAAACCUGAAUUGAUUUUUAGAAAGUCAAUCUUUUUAUCUGAUAGUACAAAAAGCUCUGUAGAAAAUACUAUUUCUAGCUGGUUAAAAUCAUGUUCGUUGUCUGAUGCAGAUGCAGAAUGUCAACUCUUAGCUUCUAAUAGUCUUUCUGCACUAUAUGAACGAUUUUUAGAGUUGAAUCAUAAUAAACAGUAA